GGAUUGCUGGGAGAACAACCAUCAUAGUUAGAGUAAUAGCAUGCUUUCAACCUUUGCAGACUUGCCAGGCUGAAUAUUUCCGUCAAUUGCUUAAACCUGUUACUUAGUUUGUUUUCGAGUUUCCAUCAUCCAAUCAAGCUAGCAAUAUAUAGUUUCCGCCUUCUUUUGUUUAGCACUAUUGAAAGUGAGCGGUUUGAGGAUUAAUUUCAGGCAUUAUCCUGGUUUUUUUGACUGAAUGGUUAAGGCCAAAGAGUCUUGUCAGCAGUUAUCUGCAUGGAAUUUGCCCAAUUUGGAUGACGUGGCACUUUUACAGCUGAGGCAAAACAAUAGUUUGCCAUGGUUUCCAAAUUCUUCCACAUUUUCUGCAAAUGUGGGUUUUCCGGGAUGUACAAUUUCUAAUUUACCCGGUUCAAAAACCGGACAACUAAACAGAGUUGAUGGGUUCUUCCAACAUCUUUGCCGUCGCUUCGAGAGCUCAUCUCCUAUCAUAAACCCAUAUCUGAAAGAUUCUCAAUGUGGAUUGUCCUAUGGGCUUGGGAUGAGUGCAAACCCUGCUGGUGCUUCUUUCACUUCUCAGAAAAAGUUUCUCAUUUUCGAUCAGUCUGAUAAUAACACUAGAUUGUUCUUUAGCCCAUCAUUCUCUCCUUCCCAAAAUCAAAUUGUUGCCUCCAAUACUGCUGCUGGAGGUUGUGGCACAUGUGAUGAAAUGGCUGUUCAAAUGGACCAAGAACCACAGUCCUUGGUGAAGCCAAUUAUUCUGGAGAAAUGGGAUGAAAAUGAUUCAGCUGGAGGAAGUGAGGUGCAUGAAGACACUGAGGAAAUCAAUGCUUUACUCUACUCAAAUAGCAAUGAUGAGUAUGAUGAUGAUGGUGAGAAUGAUGAAGUAACUAGCACGGGCCAUACUCCACUCACUAUUGAAGAGGGAUAUGACAAGGACAUACAAAUUGGGGAACUAGUUGAGGAAGUUGCCAGUUCUAAUGGCUCAGUUAAAAGGCAAAAAUUGCUUGAUGGUGGGUACAAGAAAUCAUCAUUGUUGGACACAAGAGGUCCAGUGAAAAGGGAUAGUCCGCUAAAUUACGAGGAUGAUGUGGAAUCAAGCUGUGCUGGUGAGCAUAACUCUGAUGAUAUUGAUUCCAUUAAAAGAGUAAAGAAGGUUAAGAUUCGCGAGUCAUUGAAAAUCCUUCAGAGUAUUAUUCCUGGGUUAAAGAAUAAGGAUCCACUGUUGAUAAUUGAUAAAGCUAUAAGUUACUUGAACUACUUGAACUGGUAUGGAUCUGUUGCACAACAGCACAAGCACAAAUCGACAAAUAAAUUUGAAUUGUUGAAUUGCAAAUUGACAAAUCAACAAAAAGUUUGCACAAAUCGACAAAUCAACAAAGGUUUGCAAAUUGCAAUAUUCAAGCAAGACUUCAAGUUAUUUAAAUUUCAACUCACAAGUCGCCUCCAAGAGUCCAAGUCUAGUCCUCGGAGUCUGUCGGUCAGAGAAUCGUCCCUAACUUCGCACACUGGCAGUACAUGGUCCAACGGCCACCUCCUCCAGUUGCUACAGCUCUGCUUCGAAUGGAAAUUUAAGGUUUUGCUAUUUGCACUUGGCUGCCGGAUUCAAAUGGAGGGUUGGGAGAAUGAGAAAUCAAAUUAA